AUGAAUGUUUACGGAGUGACUCGGUUAGCACGCGUUUAGCCGGUUGCUAGCGGCUUCCAGCGCUGUAAGUGUGACUGUAGCGGGUAGCUGGCGGCGGCCCGGUGCGUGAAGUUCACGGCUGAUAUUUGGAGCCGGGGCAUCGAGCUGCAGCAGCCAUAUCAAAGGAGAUGUGUGUCGGGUCCAGGAGCCGGGCCAGCUAACAGCUGGGAGCUAGCACAGUGUCACUCGCUGUUAGCCGCGACCCUCUGUCAGCAUGGGAGACGGUAACGGGGACCCGAACGCCAACUCACGGUGCCAGAGCACCGGCGACCCGCAGCUGGACAAGGCGGUGCUCCAGUGGUUGACCUGGGACAAGAACCGGCGGACUCGGGCUCAGGUGGAGUCUCUGGUGGCGGCGGCUCGUCUGGACGACCUGAGGACCAGACUCUGCAGCAGGAUGAGCUUCGGCACGGCGGGACUCCGAGCGCCGAUGGGAGCCGGAUUCAGCCGGAUUAACGACCUCACCGUCAUCCAGGCCACACAGGGUUUAUAUUCGUACCUGUCCAGGUAUUUCGCAGACUUCAGCAGCAGAGGAGUGGUUGUUGGUUUUGACACCAGAGGACAGGAGGAGAGCGGCUGCAGCAGUCAGCGUUUGGCAAAGCUGACGGCCGCCGUGAUGCUCAGCAGAGAUGUUCCCGUUCAUCUCUUCUCCACGUUCGUCCCGACGCCGUACGUGCCGUACGCCGUGAAGAAGAUCGGAGCAGCGGCCGGCGUGAUGAUCACCGCCUCACACAACCCUAAAGAAGACAACGGAUACAAGGUGUACUGGUGUAACGGUGCUCAGAUCUCCUCACCUCAUGACAAGGAGAUCCUGCGGAGCAUUGAGGAGCAGCUGGAGCCCUGGAGCUCCUCCUGCUGGGACGAGGAGCUGGUGGAGAGCUGCUCCCUGAGGACUGACCCCCUGACCCAGAUCAACAGCCUCUACAUGGAAGAGCUCACCUCCCUCUGCUUCCACAGGGAUCUGAACAGAAGUUGUCCACUGAAGUUCGUCCACUCAUCUUUCCACGGAGUUGGACACGUCUUCGUCCAGCAGGCCUUCCACACCUUCGGCUUUACUCCGCCGAUCCCCGUCCCAGAGCAAAAAGACCCGGAUCCCAACUUCUCCUCCGUCCGCAGCCCAAACCCUGAGGAGGGAGAGUCGGUCCUGGAGCUUUCUCUUCUUCUGGCAGAGAAGGAAAACGCUCAGAUAGUUCUGGCGACGGAUCCUGAUGCCGACCGUUUGGCUGUGGCAGAGAAGUCUGACGGGUGCGGUUGGAAGGUGUUCACAGGUAACGAGUUGGCGGCUCUGUUGGGUUGGUGGAUGUUCUUUCAUUGGAGGGAGGCUCACCCAGAUCCUUCAGACUCUGAGAGGGUCUACAUGUUGGCCACCACGGUGUCCUCUAAGAUCCUGCAGGCCUUCGCUCGCAUCGAGGGAUUCUGCUUCGAGGAAACUCUUCCUGGGUUUAAGUGGAUCGGGAACAGAAUACACGAACUCUCCAAAACAGGAAACACGGUCAUAUUUUCCUUCGAGGAGUCGAUCGGUUUCCUGUGUGGCAGUUUGGUCCCUGAGAAAGACGGCGUGAGCUCGGCGGUGGUCGUGGCUGAGAUGGCCGCUUACCUUCACAACAAGGACCUGAGUCUGAACCAGCAACUGCACAACAUCUACCGGAUGUACGGUUAUCACCUGUCCAAAACCUCGUACGUCGUCUGCAACGACCCCCCCACCAUCCAGAAGAUCUUCAGCCGGAUCAGGAACUUCGACGGCGAAGGUUCGUACCCGAAGACGUGCGGCGGAGUCCGGAUCGUCCACGUCAGAGACGUAACCACGGGAUACGACAGCAGCCAGCCUGACCUCAGAUCUGUCCUUCCUGUGACGAGGAGCAGUCACAUGAUCACCUUCACGCUACAGAACGGCGUCGUGGCGACGCUGAGAACCAGCGGCACCGAACCCAAAAUCAAGUACUACACAGAGUACUGCGCGCCCCCGGGGAGCAGUGAGGUGUCCGGUCUGGAGGAGGAGCUCAGGAAGGUCACGGCCGCCCUGCUGGACGAAUUCCUGGAGCCCGAGAGGAACAAUCUCAUUCGCCGCUGCGUGUAGCUCCGCCUCCCACGCACCGGUCCCCUGCAGCCGUUUCCUGUCGCGAUGUCACUUCCUGUCUUGUUUGUAGACGAGUCGGAUCAGCUGCCGCUUCACUCUGUGGCGUCCACGAAGUUCCCGUCAGAGACUAAAAGUACGAACUGAGCCAUGACGAGCGAAUCAUUGAGCUCAGUGUUUCAGGUGUGUUCAGGUGUCCUUCCUGAUCACACAGCAGAGAGCAUGAUGGGUAAUGAGUCCAGCCAACCAAACAGUGGUUAUUUGAACACGUUUGAACGGCGUCCUCCUGCCGUCAUAAAGAGUCAGUUUCAGAUCCUGUUGAGACCAAAUUAUUCAGAAUUAUUCAAGAAUCAUUUUGUGUUUUCAUCAUCGAACACAAACAGAAGUUGAGUCUGCUUGAAUUCAGAUAUUUAAACGUUUUAUAAUCAUUAGGUUUGUCUUUAUUAACUUUACAAUUAAAAACAGAUGUUUUCUGUCUUUGGUUCAUUUUCAGACUGAAGUUUGUUUUUCUGUUUUUCCACGUUUGAAUUUCCUAAAAGCACAAAUUGUUUGAACUCUUCCAAAAUCUACAUGAGGUCAUGAAAUAGAUUUUAAUGAUAUUCAGGAAACGUCUCUCCUUAAAGCAGUCGGCCAGAAACAUCUAACCUGGCUCCAGACGAUCCACCUGCGCUCUGAUUGGACGGUUCUUGGACUUCUUUUCAUCUCAUUUAACUCAUUAGAGUAGAAUCAGUUCAUUAAUCAGUUCUUUGGUUGCUCGUUGUGACGUUAAACUGAACAUUCGUGAGUUUUUCCUUCGUUUCUCGGCUCCGCAGGUUUGUCGUACGUGUGAAACAUGUCUGUGAAACAGGAAAUGAAUUCUGCUCUUCGUCUUCUCUAUGUUGUUGAAGUUUUCCCUCACACUCGAUGGAUGUUAUUUAUUUUUAUACAGAUAUUUAUGUGACGCACGUCGCCGUUGGUGUUGUGUUUGAGGAUCCUCUGUUUAUUUCACUGCUGCACAUGAAAGCUGCUGUUAAUGUGCUUCUCUGACAAUCGGCCAAUAAAAC